AUGGAGAAAGAAGAACGGAACAACCAGACAUCACCAGUGGAGUUCCUCCUCCUCGGCCUGAGUGAUGUCCCUGAGCUCCAGGGGCCCCUCUUUCUGCUCUCUCUCCUGAUCUACGUGGUGAUCAUGGUUGGCAACAUCCUCAUUGUUGUGCUGGUCGGGGCAGAUUGGCAUCUUCACACUCCCAUGUACUUCUUCCUGGGCCACUUCUCCAGUGUGGAAAUCUGCUACACCUCCACUAUCCUGCCCAGGCUGCUGGCCAGCUUUCUGACUGGGGACAGAACCAUUUCUGCUCAAGGCUGCAUGACCCAGUUCUUUUUCUUUGGCUGUUUUGCAGGCACUGAGUGCUACCUGCUGGCCACCAUGUCCUAUGACCGCUACUUGGCCAUAUGUCAACCCCUGCACUAUGCAAGCCUCAUGAGCAGGAGGGUCUGUCUCCAGCUGGUGGCUGGGGCUUGGCUGGCAGGAUUACUGAUGUCUGCCAUAGUCACGGGGCAGCUUUCCAAGUUACAGUUCUGUGGUCCCCAUGCAAUUGAUCACUUCUUCUGUGACUUUGCCCCUUUGCUAGAGCUUGCCUGCAGUGACACCAGGGUGCUCAGGCUGGUUACUCUCCUCAUCUGCUUUCUGGACGUGGUCUUCCCCUUUGUCUUCACCUUGGCAUCCUACAUCUGCAUCAUAGCUGCCAUCCUGAGGAUCCCAACCAGCAUGGGGAGGCAGAAGGCCUUCUCCACCUGCUCUUCUCACCUCACUGUGGUCACUGUUUUCUAUGGCAUCCUCAUCGUUGUCUACAUGCUGCCCAGGACAGCCUCCCUGAGGCAGCUCAACAAAGUGCUCUCCUUUUUCUACACCAUCCUCACGCCUCUGGUCAAUCCCCUUCUCUACAGCCUGAGGAACAGGGAAGUCAAGGUGGCUCUUGGAAAUGCACUCAGAAAAACUGUGACGUGCAUCAAGAGCUCGUGCUAG